AUGACCAUAUACUACGAAUUUCCUGAACAGCUCGCUGAGAAAUGGUCCAACGCAGGACUCUCCGAAGAACGCUCACGAAGCGCCUCGCGCAACCCGUCCAGCCGCGGCGAUGUGCCACCCAAGCAAGGCCUGGAGACCGGGUUCAUCUCGCUCAAGCUUUCCAACAUGCCAAAAGACGUCACGAUUCAGCAAAUCUGGAAAGCAUUUUCGCCAAAAGGCAGCAUACAUCUCAUCGAGAUUUUUGAUCCCAGCCCUAGAGAGACAACAGCCACUGGGAGAAUCGACUUUGAGCCACGGCCGAAGAACAAUUUCUGGCAGAACAGGCGGAUCGACGUUGCUUUGCCAGGCCACGAAAAUCCAGUCACAUUCAAUGUCGGAGUACGGCAUGAGGCUGUGCAUAGCACCGAGGAGCAACGCAGCUUGCCCGUCAUUUCAAUGCAGCUCAAGUCGCUGGACUUUGGGAGCUUGCUAAACGAGGAUACCAUGGUGAUUGGGGAAACAAUCAACUCGAUGGAAGAUGGCGAUCUCUCGCUGGACUUGAACACCCGCCGCGGAGAGGUUACCAUUCAUUUUCGGUUUCCGGAGAAGCAAAACCUGAUCUCGCGGAAGAGACAGUACAAACUCGUCACCCCUCUUUCCGCCAUCAAGAAGGUCUAG